CGGCAGUGACGCUUCGGCCUCUGACUCUGCCCCGCGCUCCCCAACGUGUGCAGCCAUGACCCGCUCGCUCUUUAAGGGAAACUUCUGGAGUCCGGACAUUCUCAGCACCUCUGGCUAUGACAACAUUAUCCAGCAUCUCAACAAUGGCCGCAAGAACUGCAAGGAGUUUGAAGACUUCUUAAAAGAGAGGGCGUCAAUUGAAGAAAAGUAUGGCAAAGAUCUGCUUAACCUCUGCAGGAAGAAGGCGUGUGGACAGUCGGAGAUCAACACCCUGAAGCGGGCCCUGGAAGUCUUCAAGCAGCAACUAGACAACGUGGCGCAAUGUCACAUCCACCUUGCACAGACUCUGAGGGAAGAGGCCAAGAAGAUGGAAGAAUUCAGGGAAAAGCAAAAGCUCCAGCGGAAGAAGACAGAGGCUGCGAUGGAUGCUGCCCAUAAGCAGAGGCACUCUCAAUUCAAGAAAACUAUGGAAGCAAAGAAGAUAUAUGAACAGAAAUGCCGUGACAAGGACGAGGCGGAGCAGGCCGUCCACCGAAAUGCCAACCUGGUAAACCAGAAGCAACAGGAAAAGCUUUUUGUGAAACUGGCAACUUGUAAAACUGCAGUAGAAGACUCAGAUAAGGCAUACAUGGCACACAUCAACACGCUGGAUAAAAUUCGAGAGGAAUGGCAGAAUGAGCACAUCAAGGCCUGUGAGGUGUUUGAAGCUCAAGAAUGUGAACGGAUAAACUUCUUCAGGAAUGCAUUGUGGGUCCAUGUGAAUCAGCUGUCACAACAGUGUGUCAACAGUGAUAACAUGUAUGAACAAAUUCGAAAGAGUUUAGAAAUGUGCAGUAUUGAGAAGGACAUCGAGUACUUUGUGAAUCACCGCAAAACUGGGCAGGUGCCCCCAGCACCCAUCAUGUACGAGAACUUCUACUCCCCCCAGAAGAAUGCAGUCCCUCCUGGAAAGGCUACUGCACCUAACAUAGCAAGGAGAGGACCUCAUCCAAUUCCUAAGAGUUUGCCAGAUGACCCUGAAUAUUCUUUGGUUGAUAACUACAGCUUGAUCUAUCAGUAACAUCUAUG